AUGGAUACCAAAACAGGUGGUUUUCAAGAGCCUCGUUACCUUGAAUUCAAAAAGUCGAACAAGACAGUCAAUGGUCAACCUAUACUGAACAAAUAUUCCACCGAUCUAACCAACCACCAUGACUUCCCAGGAGCAAAGGCUAUGUUGUACGCUGCUGGAAUCCCUGACAGUGAUGCUAUGCACAAUCAACCUCACGUCGGAAUUUGCUCCAACUUCUGGGAAGGCAAUCCAUGUAAUAUGCACUUACACGACUUAGGCAAAGAGGUCAAGAAGGCGGUGAUAAAUAAAGGCAUGCUUGGAUGGCAGUAUAACACCAUUGGUGUUUCUGAUGGUAUUUCCAUGGGGUCAGAUCGCAUGCGAUUUUCCUUGCAGUCUCGAGAGGUCAUUGCGGACUCGGUCGAGACGGUCACAUGUGCUCAAGCGCACGAUGCGUGUAUCACGAUUCCUGGAUGUGACAAGAAUAUGCCUGGUGUAAUCAUGGGGAUAUCAAGACAUAACCGACCGAGCUUGAUGAUCUAUGGUGGCUCAAUAGACAAGGGGUAUUCCAAGGUUCUGAGACGACCCAUCAAUAUUGCGACCUGCUACGAAGCUUUCGGCGCCUACCAAUACAACACCCUCAAACAGCCAUCCGAUGGUGGUGAUCAAUCAGCCACCAAAGACGAAAUUAUCGAGGACAUUGAGAAACAUGCUUGUCCUGGGCAAGGAGCUUGUGGUGGAAUGUACACUGCGAACACUAUGGCAGUAGCUAUCGAGUCCAUGGGUCUGUCCCUUCCAGGUUCGAGCUCGACAUUGGCGAACUCACCCGCGAAGCUAAGAGAGUGCGUAAAAGCCGCAGAUGCAAUCAAGAUAUGUAUGGAGCAAGAUAUUACACCUGACAAGCUAAUCACCAAGCGUUCUUUCGAAAAUGCUCUUGUAAUCACUAUGGCUCUUGGAGGUAGCACCAAUGCUGUGCUUCAUUUUCUUGCUAUGGCAGUAACUGCACGGGUUACUUUGACUCUAGACGACUUUCAGAGAGUCUCAGACAAGAUACCAUUCAUUGCAGAUAUGGCACCGUCUGGAAAGUAUCUCAUGGCGGAUCUGUUCGACAUUGGCGGCAUCCCAGCUGUGCAUAAGUAUCUCAUUGCUGCUGGACUUCUUGACGGUGGCAUUCCGACAGUUACGGGCAAGACGCUUGCUGAGAAUGUAGCAAGCUGUCCUUCCUUACCUCAAGACCAGCUGAUUAUUCGCGAUCUGAAGUCGCCCAUCAAGCGAACAGGACACAUCCAGAUUCUGCGUGGCAAUAUCGCACCAGCAGGCUCUGUUGCCAAGAUAACAGGCAAGGAAGGUCUCAAGUUCACUGGUAAGGCCAUGUGCUUCGACAAGGAGUACCUGUUGAACGAAGCGCUUAACAAUGGUGCAAUUCCGGAUCAUCCAAAUCUUGUCAUUGUAGUACGCUAUGAGGGACCAAAAGGAGGGCCUGGUAUGCCCGAGCAACUGAAGGCUUCGGCAGCUAUCAUGGGGUCUGGUUUGAAAAACGUGAGCAUGAUAACCGACGGACGAUACUCGGGGGCCAGUCACGGCUUCAUCGUUGGCCACAUCACGCCAGAAGCGGCUGUCGGAGGUCCAAUUGCUCUGCUCCAAAAUGGAGAUGAGAUCACAAUCGAUGCAGAAACCAGGACUCUCAGUGUCAACCUCAGCGAUGAAGAGUUGGAUGCUAGACGAGCGAAAUGGACACCUCCUCGGAUGCCAGUAACACGUGGUGUAAUGGCCAAAUAUGCUGCGUUAGUCUCGGAUGCUUCGCAUGGUGCUGUGACAGAUCUCUUUUAA